AUGUGCGGGCUGCUGGCAGUGCAACCCAUCUCCUCAAUGGUUGAUGAGAUCUACUCAGUUCCUGACGUUGGGACUGUGGUUGGAGGAACUCUGUACAGUGGAGUGUGUAGGGAGGGCGAGAGGCUGGUGGUGGGUCCAACUGAUGAGGGCUGUUUUCUGCGUCUGAAGGUGGGCAGUAUUCAGAGGAACCGCUCUGCCUGCAGAGUGCUGAGGGCUGGACAGGCUGCAACGCUGGCUUUGGGAAACUUUGAGCGUUCACUACUGCGCAAGGGCAUGGUGAUGGUCAGUCCCAAGAUGAACCCAACCAUCUGCUGUCAGUUUGAAGCUGCCAUUGUCCUGCUCUUCCAUGCCAAGACUUUCCGUCGGGGGUCACAGGUCACCAUACACGUUGGUAAUGUCAGGCAGACUGCCACUGUGGAGUGCCUUCAUGGAAAGGAUGAGCUGCGUACUGGCGAGAGAGCUGUUGUUCGUUUCCACUUUAUCAAACACCCUGAGUACUUGCGCCUGGGUGCUAAGCUUCUCUUCAGGGAGGGUGUCACCAAAGGCAUCGGCCAUGUCACCUGCCUGCUGCCCCCUUCCCAGAAUCACAACCAGAACCAGAACCACGACCAGAACCUGCAGGAUUAUUAGGAAUGGUAAAUGGUAAAUGGACUGAUUCUUAUAUAGUGCUUUUCUACUCUCCCGGAGUACUCAAAGCGCUCUAUACAACAGGAAUUGCUCCUUCAUCAAACAGACCGAUAUUGAGGCGGUGAGAAUGAUGACUGCUUGGGGAACAUAGGUCUCUGAUCAAAUUUAGCCAUGCACAUCAUGUUGGAGUCCCACCUGUCUUGGAUCUAUGUUUCUGUCCUCAUCCGUUCCUGCGGCGAUGUCAGAAAGGCUGUUUUCCAACAAACAUUCAUAUCUUGAGCUAAAGCUGGAUGACCAUAGUGGACUUAAGCCUGAAGAUUCAUUUGAAGUUUUGCCACAGAUUGAUUAAAAGGUUCCUUUUUAUCAUUGCAGCUGUCAUUGGAAGAUAGCAGGAUUAUUUUAAAAGCAAGAAUAGUGCUUACUCAUCUUUGAUGUGGAGUAAAGGUGUAAUUCUGUUUCUCUUGAUGCGCAGGACGGAUUGACCUCGCUCUUCGUACUGUCUCAGAGACAUUGCACGCUUAGACUCAUCAGGAAAUUUGGUGAGGGAAGAUUAUAUUUAGCACAUACCUUAUUUUCAUUAGUCUUAGGUGGCUUCCUUUCUAGGGAUUCUGCUUAUGACAUCAAACAUUUUAGACCCUUGCCGUGGUUUUUUCAUGGUUUAGCUAUUGACUGGGGUAUUUUUCACAAAGCAUUGGAGGAGUCACGUGACAUUAUCUGACAACAUCGGUGGGCAAACUAGUAAUUUGUGAUUUCAAAUUAUUACCAGAAGUGUGUAACUUUAUUAGCAGCAUCCUCCUGAAAUGUGCCAACAACAUUGAGAGUAACAUCUUCCUCUCUGCCCCUUAAUGCUCGCUGGUCACUAUGGUAAUGUGUAAAUAUUUCUUUCAAAAUAAGACACACAACUACAACAAGGGAAAAGACCCAGUUAACCGAGUAAAUGAUAGAAAACCCUGAAAACCAUAAAUUUCACACCCGAGCCUCAACUCUAGCGGCCCGGUACCAAACGACUCAGAACCGCUGUUUUCCAACAAACAUUCAUAUCUUGAUUUAAAGCUGGAUGGCCAUAGUGGACUUACGUAGUUAAUUAAUUUGAUGUUUUGCCACAGAUUGGGGGUUGGGGACCGCUGGACUAAUUAGUGCAAUGAUUGAUCUAUAUGUAUUGAAUGAUUGACUAAGAUGUUUGGGUGAUUCAAAAAAAAUUUUGGUCUCUUAAUUUAAGAUCACAUUUUACUAGUUUGUGUUCACAACUGCAAAAACAUAUUUGUCACCUACUCGGUGCCACAUACACCACAGUGGUUUUUAGAUUUCAUUUUGGGGGGGUGGGUUGUAAAAUACUAAUAAUUAGACAUAUUUCUGCAGGACGACCAGGUGAUUGGCAUUACAGUUAUUUUUUGAGGAUGAUUUCUGAAUGUUGGAUGAAAUAUAUAUUUCGUCCGGAGUUAAGCUGUUAGCUAAAUGCAUCACUGUGUUCCAAGAGUGUGACAGGUUCCUUUUCCCUCCAAAAGAUGAUUUGUUUUUGUAGAAGAAACUUUGAUUUUCUACUGUUUGCAGCUUGUUGGCAUUAAAUUCUUAACCAUCAAAUCCUGUACAUUCAGUAUCUGCAUUUACGAAUGACAGAAAUAUUUGCUAUUAGGUUUCCAGUUUGUUGCAACUCUCCAUUCAUAUUUGUUGGCUGUAUUAGAAGUUUGUAGAUUUUAUGUGCCAGGCAGCUUUUGCAGCUAAACCUAACCUAACCUGCAUGCCCUUUGAGUAAUUAAAAACAAAAACAAAUGCACAUUUCAAGUAUAACACACAUGUGGUGGAGUGUUUAUGCAGGUAAACUUCAUUUUUCUGGGGUUCUGUGCAGUUGUAAAGCUAAAUAUUGAAUGUACUUUCCUUGAUCCUGUGUAGCAUUUCAGUCUGUUUACUGUUUAAUAGAGUGAUGGUUGAUUUCUCACUUUGUAUUUUGAUUCUGCAUGUUGGAGACUACCAGUUCUGCAGUACAGUGUAACAUGGAGGUGGUGCUGAAAGGUGUGAGAUGCUAAAGCUAAACAUUUAAAUGUUAAGGGGUGAAUUUAUUAGUUUUUCCUGACUGUCCCUUUUAGUGAGA